AUGAACGGCGACUCGAUGGCGAAGUUCUUUAUAUUAGUCAAGAAGGCGGUGAAAAAGCCCAUUCCCUUUGUCAAGAAGAAGGGAAUUGAGACUCUUAUAGUGCCUCUGGAAUGUCUAAAGGCGACUGCUGGGUUAAUCCCGGUACCGGCCCUUGGACCAGCAACAGAUAUUGUCCUUUCCAUCUUGAAAAAAGUGGAUCAGAGCCAGCAGAAUACGGGGACUGCUCGUGAAAUCGCAAAUCUGUGCUUGAAGGCUCAUGUCACUCUAUCCGAGCAUCUGCAGAGCGUAGAAAUCACACCUACACUACUGGACAGCAUUCGACAAUUUGAAGUGGAUUUGCAUGAUGUCCAAAACACUGUCGAAGAAUACGAACAGAAGAUGUCGCUUGAUCAAAUCCUCUAUUCUAAAUCAUACAACGAUGAAUUGCAACGCCUCGAAAAACGGGUUAAAAGUACUCUGUCGCUUUUCCAAGUCAAGAAGUUACUUUCGCUUGAAGAAACCUGCACAAAGAUGUCCACAUCCUUGCAGCACAUCGAACAGAAUACUGUAGAGAAUAAUGCAUCCCUACAGCGCAUCGUUGAACUGCUGCUUAUGAAUCGCUCCGAACCUGCUCUGAAGCCCGAAGAACCACUAGUAGAUAUUGUGCAGAGAAGCCAUCUCACUCUCUGCGAAGAGAUCAUCGAUGGUCCAGGGUAUAGCCUUCAAAAAGCAGAAAUACGUGGAAAGAUCGUUACCAUCAAAGUGUUCACAGGCUGUGAAGCGAAAUCGACCUGGGAAGCGUCAACUAUGUUGGACUUGAAAGUUAUGCAUCCCAACCUACCUCACCUUAUCGGGGCUUCAAGUUCUGAUGAGCGGGGGGCGCUGUUCUCAGUGUAUGAUCUCGAUAUCAAGUGCCGGUUUGAAGAUGUCAUCCCGUCAUGGUUGACGAUCCAUUCUGAUAUUCUCAGUUCUUUGAUCGACAGAAUGAGUCGCGAUUUAAUAAGCGCACGGAAUCAUUUGUGCGAACAAAUUUGUUUGUUUGCUCAGUCUGGUGAAGUACACUUUGAUAUUCUUUGUGAUGCCCGCGACCGAUUCAUCCUCUCACUCCUUCCCUGGCCGGAAGCGGCCAGCUCCUCGACUGCCUUGGUCUCCCCUACGGACGAUAUCACAGACCUUGAUUUUGUGAUGGGUGACACCCGCCAUAACGCUGACGUUCGUACUCCUGUUUUCUUGGCUUGA